CAGCACUCCUGAAUGCUGGUGGUCAUUCUAGCCAAGUCUUCCAACCCAGCCAGUUUUAACCCGGCAUACACUCCAGAGUUUCUCCACCAUGAGCAAGUCCUACAGUGCCUCCGCCGAAUCGGCCUCCUCCUACCGCCGGACCUUUGGCUCAGGCAUUGGCUCCUCCAUGCCAAGCUCUCUGUUCUCCGGCCUGGGCUCCUCUGGCUCCUCACGCAUGUCCUCCAGAGUCUAUGAGGCGACCAAGAGCUCCAGCUCCCCUCUCUACUCCGGCCACCGCUCCUCUGCAUCCUCCUUCAAGGCUGGACCCGUGAUGCGCAGCUAUGCUGGUGAGAAGCUGGACUUCAACCUGGCCGAUGCCAUGAACCAAGACUUCUUGAACACACGCACCAACGAGAAGGCCGAACUGCAGCACCUGAAUGACCGCUUUGCAAGCUACAUCGAGAAAGUGCGCUUCCUGGAGCAACAGAACGCAGCUCUUGUCGUGGAGUUGGACCGCAUGCGUGGCCGCGAGCCCACCCGCAUCACCGAGAUGUACGAAGAGGAGAUGAGAGAACUUCGAAGGCAGGUGGAUGCAGUGACCAAUCACAGAGCUCGCGUGGAGGUUGAGCGGGACAACCUGGCUGAUGACCUUCAGAAGCUCAAACUCAGGCUUCAGGAGGAGAUCCACCAGAAAGAAGAGGCUGAGAACAACCUCUCCGCUUUCAGAGCUGAUGUUGAUGCUGCUACCCUUGCCAGGCUGGACCUGGAGAGACGCAUCGAGAGCCUCCAGGAAGAGAUCGCCUUCCUGAAGAAGAUCCAUGAGGAGGAGAUCCGCGAGCUCCAGAACCAGAUGCAGGAGACCCAGGUCCAGGUACAGAUGGACAUGUCCAAGCCCGACCUGACUGCUGCUCUGAGGGACAUCCGCAUGCAGUACGAGGCCAUCGCCGCAAAGAACAUCUCAGAGGCUGAGGAGUGGUACAAGUCCAAGGUGUCCGAUCUGAACCAGGCCGUGAACAAGAACAACGAUGCACUGAGACAGGCCAAGAUGGAGACCAUGGAGUUCCGUCACCAGAUCCAGUCCUACACCUGCGAGAUCGACUCCCUCAAAGGCACAAACGAGUCUCUGAAGAGGCAGAUGAGGGAGAUGGAAGAGAGGAUGGGCGGCGAGGCAGGAGGCUACCAGGACACCAUCAGCCGCCUUGAGGGCGAGAUUGCUAAAAUGAAAGAUGAGAUGGCCCGUCACCUGCGGGAGUACCAGGACCUCCUAAAUGUCAAGAUGGCCCUGGAUGUGGAGAUUGCCACAUAUAGGAAGCUGCUGGAAGGAGAGGAAAGCAGGAUCACUCUGCCUCCACAGUCAUUUUCUUCACUGAGCUUCAGAGGUGAUAUGAGAGAGACCAACCAAGAGCCGAUCCCACAGCAGCGUUCCCCUGAGGUCCACUCCAAGAAAACAGUUCUGAUCAAGACCAUAGAGACCCGCGAUGGAGAGACUAGAACAUCUAUUGAGGGAAUGAGUGCCAUGAGCGCUCAGUGUGUUGUCAGUGAAUCCACACAGCACCAGCAGGACAUCAUGUAAAUCCAGCAAGGAGAGCCAAGCAGUAUAUCCCAACAGAAUUCGAUUGCAUUUAAAACAAGGACAUUUCCAUCCUGCAGAGGCCUUCAGGGUUAGCCUUUUUGUAAUGCAUAAUCUCGCAACAUGACUCCAUGGCCCAUGACCCCAAGCAACUAAGGAUGAAUGUGAAGAUAAACUUGAAAGUGUGCAAAGAAAAGAACAGAUUAUUGGUGACGAUGAGCCCAUGGCAGGCAUUGCUAGAAGGAAUGUCAGUAUUAUUGUCAGCUGAAUUGUGUGUGCAUAUGUUCAUGUGUUUGAAUGCUUGUGAGCGUGUGGGUCAUAGUCCUAUUUUUACUGAGUCAUGUUCCAACAUGACAAAUCAACUCAGACAUAUGUACUGUAAAUUUUACAGAACACUAAUUUUUGGUUUUUGGAUUUGGUCAAAUCAUUAAAAAAAACUUGAAGCAGAACCAGUUCUGAUGUACCUUAUGUCCUGGUGACUUUCAGAAUAAAAUAUCAUUCCUUUGUGCUUACUGGAUCACUGAAAUUGGUAUUCUCUGUGCCAGGUCACAACAGCAUUGGUGCCUGUCACUCAAACGACAUAACACUCAAUGUUCAGUUUAUAAUUAGAAAUGCAAUAAACAUACCGCAAUACUGUGUAAAAUACUUCUGAAGUCAUGUUUUAUUGAAGAACUCCACUCCAAAUACUUGUAAUAAAGAAUAAAUAAACACCUGACCACC